GCAAUAAUCACAUAAAAGGAAAGAGCCGAACGUUAUGAAAACCAGAGAAAGCGGAACAAAAAGUGGGCGAAGAAACACGACGGACAUUUUUAUAGGUCGGACGACACAAAACAGAAAAAAACAGACGUGAACGCUUUAUUUGGUGCAACGAAAUAAUUUUUUCGAACUGCUUCAGAGAAAACUGACCAUGGUGGGGACAGUCUGAAGAACCAAGGCCAUUAUUAAAGAAGUCUUAAGAGGAGGCUCUUCCUGGAAGAUUGAAACAAUGACACGGUGGGCCAGAGCUAACAAUGUUCAUAAACACAAAGCAACAGAGGCUACACCAUGGAGCCAACUAAGGGCAGGUAAAGCUGGAAGGAUCAAUGAAAUUGACACAAGAUCAAGAAGAGGCAGUUCUUCAGGUACACGUGCCUGGGAUGGUGCAUCACAUAGUUCACGGCACAUUCAGCCACGCCCUGGUAGAAAGAGAGCUAACAAUGAAAGAGAACUUGAUGUGAAUGGGUUUAUGGAUUAUUUGAAACAGCCACGGCAGUCACUAGCCCUAGGACCACGUAAAGGAGCCUCUUUGGGAGGCGUUGUAGUCACAGCAAUUGAAAAAGACAAAAGAAGAGGAGUCCGAAGGGUUAAGAGACAGAAUGCUAAAAAGAACAAUAUGGUGUGCUUUUACUGUAGAAAGCUUGGCCAUGGACUGGCCAACUGCCCAGAGGCUGAUAAUGAUGAAGAGUUGGGCAGAGGGAUCUGCUAUCGUUGUGGCUCUACAGAGCAUGAGAUCCAGAUGUGUAGAGCUAAAGUGGACCCUGCUCUAGGUGAUUAUGCCUAUGCCAAAUGUUUCAUUUGUGGCCAGACCGGUCACCUAUCCAAAUCCUGCCCUGAUAACCCAAAAGGACUGUAUGCUGCAGGGGGCUGCUGUCGUGUAUGUGGUUCAGUGGAACACUUCCAGAAGGACUGCCCUGAGCACCAGACCUCAGCAAACUCCAUCACCCUUAGCCGCCUGUCCAACCAGACAAGUGCUGAUCAGGAGGACAUUUGUGUUUCUGUGAAGAAUUUGCCAACCAAGAAGACUAAGGUGGUGGUCUUCUGAGCUAAGUCUAAGUGGUCUUCUGAGCUGAGCUACCAAAAUGUGCUGUUAGUUAUUGAUGUUUGUUUUCAAAGAAAAAACUGAAAGGUAAAUUUUAAUAUUCUGCUGUUAGUGUGCCUGCGAUUACAGUACUCAUUGCUCUGAAUUCUUUGUAUUACAAGUUGUAGUAUAUGUUGCAAAAAAUGCAACAAUUGUAAAUUAUCAAUAUAUAGAGCAACCAUACUUCAAAUAAACAUUUCAAGCUUGCACUAAGGAUUAACUUGGGCAUCAUCUUUUAAGGAAUGUAAAAGAUAUGUUGAAUGUUGUGCUGCUUGUGAGUAUAGACACACUUUUUUCGUAGGAUGUGUGGGAGAAACUCAUUAAUAUUCAUAAAGAUUCAUAAUAGGCGUAGCAUGUCAUGUGGGUUACACUUGAGUAUAUGCCACUUAUUUAGAGCAAUUUCAAUAGGCUAUUGAAAUUAUUACACAAAAAGCUUUAAUCAUUGCGUUUUCAGUUUGAUGAAGUUAUAUUUACUAUGAGGUUUGGUACGUCCUGUAGGUUGCACUUUAUUAAAUGCAUCUUGUUUUGGUCAACCAUUCAAAAUCUGUUCAAAUUAUUUCAUAGAAAACUAUCAUUAGAAUUCAGCAGUUAAAGCUGCCAACAUUAGAGGUGUAGUAUGUUAUGUAGAAGGCACUUCAUUACACAUCUUUUGGAGCAACAUGGUGAACCACUCAGAAGUUAUUGAAUAAUUCACAAAAACCUUUCACUGCAAAUCAACAGAAGUUGAAGUUAUUAAACCUGUUACUAGAGUUUGGAAGUUGUUAAAUUUGCCAAUAUAUUAGGUGCAGCACAUCAUGUGGAUUGUACUUGGUUAAGUAUAACUUGUUUUGGAGCAAAAUGGUCAACUGUUCAAAAGCUAUUAAAAUUAAUUCACAUAAA